UAUGAUGAGAAUGAUCCAGCUACCCCAUAUACUAGGCAUUGUCUUUGGGGUUGUACUUGUCCUUAUCACCAUCAUUGUAGCAAAGGUACUUUUGAAAUAUCUUCGUUCAAGGCAUCAAGAACUUCGAGGUACCAAAGGAGAAGAAAAAACAGAAAAACCUGUACAUUCGCUUGAAGACGAAGAAUCCCCCAAACUCGAUGCCCAACUUCUUGAUCUUAUUUCAACAAAACAUGAUUUUUCAGGACCUCCAGAUGUGACUCAUAUAAGUGCAAAUUGGGGUCAUGCUUUAACAGUGGAAUUCCACCCAAGGGAUUUUUCUGAGGAAGUUAUACUUCGAAUGGAUAGAAAACCAUUGUUCAGUCCAUCACAGGCUAUUCGAUGGAGUGAAGGUGAGAGCGGAAGCAGAGAUAGGGUAGCUGGUGAAGGAAGGCCAUCAACGUUCGCUGUUAUUGAAAACCCUGAGUGCAUCCCUGAAAGAGAAAAAUGGGUGCCAAGUCCAGUAGAGAUGUCAUCGCUGCAAAGGAUUGAAGAAGAUGACAGCGGAAUUACAGCAGAAACUCCUUUGAUGAGUGGUCUUCUGGAAGCAGAAAUUUCACAACAGUCCAUGAAGGAGGGCCACAUACUUUCCACAGCAGUGUGAAAAAGGCCUUGUGUUGUGUCCAAGUCGUUGUCGGAGCUUCUUUUAUGGUGAUUAACGCAGUGUGAAAAAGGCCUUGUGUUGUGUCCAAGUCGUUGUUGGAACUUCUUUUAUGAUGAUUAACUUGGUGCCUUGAGUAAUGUAACUGUAAAAAAGAAAGAUAAUUGUUUUUGUUUUGUUUUUUUUGGUCAAGCGGAGCUGGGAAGAAUUUCUGUUGUCUUUUACAAACUCUUACGCCAUGAUUUCAGAACCACGGCUGUGUCAAGUCACGUGUCACAAUUUUAAGGUGAACAUUUUGGUAUUCGUUGUUUUUACAUGAUG